AUGACAUGGGACGAGUUUAAGGUACCGUUUCUUAAACACCACAGUCCCAAGGCAGUUAUCAACCGAAUCAAGGAGGAAUUUAUUCAGCUAAGGCAGAAAGGCGAAUCUAUUGAUAAGAUCACGGGGAUCUUUCUCGACAAACUGAGAUUUUGUGUCGAGUUGGUGAAGUCUAAAGAACAGAAAGUAUAUUAUUACUAUAAUAUGCUAAGUGCAGAGUAUCAGGAGUUUAUGACUCCCUCAAAAUACGAGACUCUCACUGAAAUCAUUAACACUGCUCGAGAAAGAGAGAUAGAGCUAAACAAGCAAAUUGAGAGAGGUGAACGAAGGGCACAAGUUGUUAAUCCAAGCCUUACGAAGAAGGCACGUACAACAGAGUCGUCUAAGAAACAUGAUGGGAAAUGCGGGUCGCCGAGUUGUAAGGUCUGUGGUAAAGGGCACAAGGGUGAGUGUCGGUUUAAAGAUAAGUCGUGCCCCAUAUGCGGGAAGACAGGGCAUACGGCUGCGUUAUGCCCGGGAAAUGUGUCGGUCUGUUAUAAGUGCUACCAGCCGGGUCACAAGAAAUCAGAGUGCCCAGAGUUAGUUGGAAAGAAGGAUGGAAAGGAUUCGUAA